GAACACCCAUAGCUGACAAGCGUUCUGUCAAAAGUUUUAUUUUCUACCCAAAAGUCUUCGAUUUGAUUAGAGGAACUUUAAUUUAAUUAGCGAAAACGUUGUAAUGAGUGCAAGGACAACCUUUGACCGAAUGCUGUGGUGCGCGAGAGAUAAUAUUUAAAAUCUGGUUUAAGUCUGCUGUCGAUAAGGACACUAAGUGCAAAUGUCGAACCAAAGUAAACUGUUUUGAUUAGCUCGUGCUCUCCCAUUGGAUGGUUCUGACUGCUGGUAAUGACGUGUUGUUUCUGGAUAGACCACUACCAACGAAAGCAUCAGCAACAUCCAAAAUUGCAGCGAAAAAAGCGACGACGAAUGAAAAUAAUAGCGGUUCCAUAUGAGUACACUAACACCAGCCUGGGAGCAAAGAGCGGACGAUUGCAAUUUUUCCAACAAGCAAACAGCGACAGAAUUGCACCGAAGCAUUCGCCGCCGUAUCAGUUCAAGCCUUCAACCGUGGGAAAAAUACGCUACGACAAAAGCUGUUCCCAGUCGGACGUCUUUUCCGCAAGAGCCACAAACUGCCAAAAGCAAUGGAUCCGAUGAGGAAGCUACAAGUCCAAAUACAUCUUUGUUGACAAAUACUGUUAAUGCUGACAAUCACACCAACGAAAACAGCCAACAGCAAGAAAAUGCGAAAGACAACGUGGAACAAGAGCAAAAUUCCGCAGAUAUUGGGCUAGGUAAUCAGAACGUCGGAAACGACGAGGAUAACAGCACCGCUAAUAUUAGCAAUAGAAAUAGAAGAUACAAUCGUAUCAGCAUGAUUAUCAUCUACGGCCGGGAAGCUUUGUGCAUUCUAGCAUUGAUAUUAACAACCUACGCAUCUAUUCAGAACAGUACUCCUAGGAUAUCCAAAGCACCACCGCCUUCUCCCUUCUUCUCGCGAGGUUCGCUCGUGCACGACUGGCCAUCUGGUGCUCUGGGGCCAACGCAGACCCGUGUUUCUCUGUCGGAGCUUUCGCUAGUGUUCUACUACGCGCCCUGGUGCGCUGAAAGCCAACAUGCUCGCUCGGUGUUUGAGCACGUGGCACGACUGUACUUCAAAGAGGCUCAUUUCGCUGCCAUCAACUGCUGGCAGCCGGGAGGCGAAUGUCGCCUGCAGUACUCCAAAGUACAGUCGUGGCCUGUGCUCAUGGCUUACCAGCCAAACGGGUUGGCCGUGCAGUACCACCAGGUGUGGAGCAAUGCGGCUCUCUCCCGGUUCGUACAAUCGCUCAUCAAUCCCGUGCGCAGGUUGACUGGUCCUGGUGAUCUGAUGAGUCUCAUGACGGGGAAGGAUGCAGUCGUAGUUCUCUUUCUAAAUAUGAACAGUAACCAGAAGCUAUACAGUCGGUUCUAUCAAACAUCAUUGAAAUGGUUGGAGAAGGAUCCGUUGCAGGAGGUAGCCUUUGGAGUCGUCACCGGAGAAACUUCCAAAGCUUUUGGAGUGGAGGAACUUCCAGCGAUAAGGCUGUACUUAUGGAAUGAAACGAUUGAAUUCACAGCUAAUCGAGCGUGGACAACAACUGAGCUCACCAGUUGGGUAAAUAAACACGUUCAAGUUGUUUCGAUGUGGAUUGCACCACCUGGGGCGACAAAGUCAUCUUCGCUGGCGCCGUAUUUCAACCACGGACCGGUUAUGUUUUUCUUCACUCCUCGUUCGAUGUACGGCGGCUCGUCGGAUGCUUACAUGAUGCUACGGCAGCUAGGGAUGCAGUACUAUAACUGCCAGGGUGACAAAUGGAUUGAGGAGAUGGCAAAAAAGUACAUCGCCGAACAGCGCCGGCUUAAUGCGGAAGAACACUCGCGGUUGAGCAAACAAUGUGAAGCAGUUCUACGACGUCACCCGUCACUCGAUGAUGAUGAGGGAAUCGCGAAAAAGAAGCCAUGUAAAGUUUCCAGCAAAUCCGCAAUUGCAGUUUCGUUUGUGAAUGUGUUAAAUUCUUCAAAAUUUUCCGAAAAAAUACACAAAGGGCGUCCUUUAAGUGCGGAUGAUUAUUGUGAAAUCGAGCGCGAUAAGUGUGAUCAGCGUUUCUAUGAGUGUGGUUCUUUGGGAGAGGACGAUGCUUUGAAUAUUGGGAUGAGUGAUGGUUGUGAGAGAGGACAACACAAGCCCUCUGGUUUGUAUGGCUCGGUUAAAGUAGAUAGAAGUACGGAAAAUCCCGCGACCUCAAAGUUGGAUUCCGAACAAGAUUAUCGGGGUCCAAAACAUUUACGCAAACAGCUUCUGAGAAAAGAGUGUGAGUUGUUACGAUUAAGUGAGCUAGAAAAUAGUGAAAAGUUCUUCCACGAAAAACAUGAAAAACAAGAGAUCGGUUAUAUAGAUGCUAUCAGGGGAAUGGCGUGUAGGUAUAACAAAACAAUGACCAUUCUGGGGAUGGACAGUACCCUAUAUCAUGCAUUUGCUGAACGGCUUGGUGUCGAUGUCUUGCAUGAGCCAAAUAAAUCUGUGGCCAUCAUCGUUGAUCACGAGGACGAAUCAACGUAUCUGCUACGAGACAACAUUAACUUGGCUACGAUGGCAAAGCUAGUUCACAACUUUUACAAUCGAACCUAUCCACGUUUCCUUCGAUCGGGUAGCAUAUCGUUCAAAAAUACACAUUCAUUCAACUUGAGUGAAUUCAGAAAAGAAAGUCAACGUAUGGUGGAAGUAAAACGGGCGGAAUACGCUGCGCGUGUUCAAACCGCUUGGAAAGAGAACAAUUUCUCGCAAGAAAAUGAGAAAAGGCAGAACGCAGCAGACGAUGAUGCUAAUUUUCUUCAGCACCAUCAACAUCAUCUCGUACGGGAGAUCAAUUCCCAAAAUUUUGACCAGGUGGUCGUGAAUUCGAGAAAGACUGUUGUCGUUCAUUUCUACUCAGCUCAAUGUGCCUUUUGCAGCAUGCUAUCGCAGCAUCUGCUCGUCGUUUCGAGGAUGUUCCAACAACAGCCAUUGCUGGACUUUGUUCGAAUAGAUGGCGACAGGAAUGAUCUUCGGUGGGAGUAUACCAUGGAUACGUUUCCUACGCUGCUGAUUUUUCCUAACCAAAGGAAAUCCGAAAGUCGCGUUUUCUCCCGCAGUCUACAGAUGACCGUUCCCAACGUGUUGGGAUUUAUUCUGUCCAAUUUAAGCCCUCCAGAGCGGCUAUACGCCAAUUAUUUAAUUUGUGAAAAUACAAAGCGCUCACCUCCCCGCGAGAGCUGUCUGCAGACGAUGAAACGCGAGCUGAGUGAAAGUAUUUCGCUCAAUCUUCGCCUGUACCGGCACGCAAAGAAGCGGCCAAUCCUCGCCGCUCGAAUUCUGCAGCGAUUGCAGACUUUGCAAGAGUUCUAUCUCUCCACACUUCGCUGUCUUAGUCAUUCCUGUGAUUUUACUAAGUUGAAAAAUAGUGCUAAAACUAUUCUCAACAUUUGGCAGAUGAAACCCUGAUUGGACUAGGUUCUAUUUAUAUCCGUUGGUCCAUUCAGGUAUGGUUUUUAUCAGUGAGUACAGAAAUCCACAAAGUCACAUUUUUUUCAGUUUUCUUUUUAUUUAGUAUAAAUAUAUCAGAUUUAUUUUAAUAUUUUCGUACAUAAAGUCGAUUUCCAAUCAAAAGUUAUAAUCUGUUGGGAGCAUAUUUGCGGGGCGGAUAUCUGCGUGCGCUAAAUUUAUUUUCCAUCUUUUGUUGGAGCGCAAUCUGAUCAAAGUCCAAAUAGAACUUAGAUAAUGCAAUGUUUGAAAAUUAGAAAAAACGGAUAUUAUAUGCAAUCUCGUUUCUUAGUACAUUUGUACAAAAUUGCGAGAAAGAAUAAAAAAGGAAUUAGCGAUAUUACAGAAGCUACCGGGUUGCGUUAUUAUUCAAAUGAUUAGAGUGAUUAAAUUAUUAUUGGAAGUUUUAUAACUCGUGCCGAAAGGGAGAAGAAUGAACGUGUAAUAUAUUUUGUUCCUAAA